AUGGAUAAGUACAUCAUCAUGCGAAAAAUUGGUGAAGGUGCGUACGGCGUUGUCUACAAGGCGAGGUGCAAGACUACUAACAAGAUCGUCGCCAUCAAGAAGAUCCGCGUAGAGCGCGAAGACGAAGGGGUCCCUGCCACGACUAUUCGAGAGGUGACCUUCCUCCGAGAGUUGAGGCACAAGAACAUAGUGCGUCUCAUCGAUGUUGUCAUGUCGCCACUCAAGCCCAUAUGCUUGGUUUUCGAGUACAUGACGACUGACCUCAAGACGCUCUUGGAUUCCCUGCCCAAGAACAAGACUUUAGAGGGUAACGUCGUAAAGAAAUACCUCGGCCAGAUUGUAGAGGCUAUACACUUCUGCCACCGAAGGCGAGUCCUUCACCGCGACCUCAAGCCAGCCAACGUGCUCGUCGACGGCAAUGGCGAUCUCAAGGUGGCUGACUUUGGCUUUUGCCGUGAAUUCACGCCACCCGUGCGCAUCUUCACGCACAAAGUGGGUACCCUCUGGUACCGAGCACCGGAGAUUCUCAUGGGUGCUAGUCGUUACUCGACACCGGUGGACGUGUGGAGCAUCGGGUGCAUUUUCUUCGAGCUACUCACCGGGAAAACUCUCUUCCGCGGUUAUUCGGAAAUCGACCAGCUGUUCCAAAUUUUUCGCGUCCUAGGUACACCUACAGAAGAAACAUGGCCGAACGUUCAAGAGCUGCCAAACUACAAGUCGACCUUUCCGAUCUGGAAAACUAACAUCGUGGCCGAGCUGCUUCCUGGGGUGGACAGCGAGGCUGUAGAUCUGCUCCUGAAGAUGCUUAUCUACAGCCCUGGUGAGAGGAUCUCGGCCAAAGACGCGACCGGUCACCCCUAUCUGGCCGGAUCGAGUGAUAGCAAGCGGGUGGCACCCACCGCCGAUAAAGAAGGGCAAUAA